CACUCAAGUAUGAAAAUGUAGUACUUUUUCCACCACUGCACAACGCAAACGGAUGUGGGUCAAACUGAAUGAUUAACUGAAUUUAAAAGGACAAUAUAAAAACAGUUGGUUGUGUUGCCCAUGGUGGACUUGAAAUACUUUCUGGUUUUCAUGGCAAGGCAAGUCUGCUGAACUCGGUAACAGAGCUGAACAGACAGAAGACCGUGAGAUUCAGGCGCGCAGGGAUCACAGCACCCGCUCUUGGUAACACCUGGCGCCCUUUACGAAACGGAUUAAGAAAGAGACAAUGACAUUAUAUAGCCUGUAGAUCCAUAAGGCUGUAUGGAAAGGUUAGUUAAAAUGCGUAACCACAGACGCACUAAAGCAAAUGUUUUAACAGAUGUGACACCUAGUUAAACAUUAGUUCAGGGUGAAGUUAUAGGCUACAGUGCACUUCUAUUAUAAGGCACAGACACCGAGCUCUCAAACAAAGCGACGCAGGGAGCUAGGGAAACGGAGCGCAACGCUUAUUUAAUAGGUUAGUGACUCUUUCCCUCACACACACACACACAGAGAGCGACACACUGGGAUGGAGAUGUAACAGCCGUGCGAAGACGGUUUCCACAGCGAUUAAGCAUUUUGGAGGCAGUUUUUAACCGCUGUACAUAGAAGAGAGAGAGACCGAAAGCGAUCGACUCGACAAGCCUGCCCGGAGAUCGGCGAAGGAAGACUAGAAUAAAAAAAGGACUGAAAAAAAGGGGGGGUGCAGUGUCUCUGGGGCGACAUCGCUCCUACCACCAACAAGCUGAAGAACUGAGACUGACAAACCCACAGACAACACACACAUUCUCGCUCUCUCUCACACACACGUGGCCCGCAGCAAACAUGGGCGGGUCACAUCAGAUAAUUAUCAAUGAAUAUCAUCUUGGCCACUAAUCCCUGCAGAUUCGAGGAGAGAACAAGUGCCUGGGUGGAAAACGAGCAGUGUCACUAUAGGCCUUCAGAGCCAGAGAUGAUUCAUUCUAAUCCUCAAAGUGAAGGAUAACAAGUGGCCCAGACUCAUGUGACCUCUCAUCCCACCACCUCCUCCUCCUCCUCCACUCUGUUCGAGUCACUUCCUCUAACCUCUAAACUGUGUAACAUUCUCCAUUCCCCCUGGCUGGUUCAAUCUCUACAGACACAGCCUGACUGGAUGACCAUCUGGACCUAUGUAAAUCAUCAUGAAGACAACAUAAACCCACCAGCAGAGAGGCCUUGAAGACUGACUCUCCUGGAUACUGACUGAGCUGCCAGAUGCUACUCUGGAUGGGGCUGUAGGCUGUUAGGCUAGCUAGGCCAUGCUGCUCCCUGUGCCUUCCUCCUCUCCCAUUCUGCUUCCAGGAGACCUACGGGCUACAAACAUCAUUAUCGUCACCGUCAUCUUCAUCGCUCACCAAUGCCACAGGAAGUACGGUGGCUCGGAGGGGACUGACUGAACCUCUGAACUAUUACGGACAGAGUGAACUGGAAACACACACACACACACACUCUGACUUGUCACACACACACGAACAGCCCCUUCAGCUGUGGAACAGACAAAGACAGAAGGCAAAGAGAUACGAAGCACUGAGAGGAGGGCGGGAUUAUGGCGGCCGAGAGUCUGACCGAGCUCCGUGAUUGGCUCUUUUUGCUCCUCCUGUGCCUGACUCUAUUGGCCGAGAUGCUGGAGUUGGCGGCGGCAGCAGCAGUUGCCAUGGAGGAAGGCGAGGAAGACUUCCCGUGCCCGUCAGUGUGCCGGUGUGACGAGGGCUUCGUCUACUGUAACGACCGGAGCCUGAGCAUGAUCCCUCCGCUACCGUUAACGGCUACCGUUCUCUACCUACAGAGCAACCGGUUGGCCAACUCCGGCCUGCCGGCGUCGUUAGAGCGCAGCAGUAGUAUCCGUGUGGUCUACCUUUACGCCAACCAACUAGAUGAGUUUCCUAUACACCUGCCGCCAUCGCUACGGGAACUACACCUGCAGGACAACAACAUUCGGACGUUGCCGCGCACGGCGUUGGCCAGGUUACCGUUGCUAGAGAGGCUACACCUGGACGACAACUCCAUCUCCACAGUGAGCAUUCAGGAGCGGGCCUUCUCCGGUAUGCCGCGGCUGAGGUUACUCUUCCUCUCCCGGAACCACCUGUCCAGCAUCCCAGCCGGCCUCCCGGCUUCUUUAGAGGAGCUGAGGUUAGACGACAACCGCAUCAACACCAUCCCCACCCACGCCUUCCGAGGCCUGGCCUCACUGAGACGCCUGGUCCUGGACGGGAAUCUCCUGGCCAACACCCGCAUCGCCGACGACACCUUCUCCCGCCUGGCCAACCUCACGGAGCUGUCGCUAGUCCGCAAUGCCCUGCAGGCCCCACCCAUCAACCUGCCCAGCACACACCUGAUGAGGCUGCACCUGCAGGACAACGGACUGAUUCACGUGCCCCGGGGGACCCUGGACGGGAUGAGGAGGCUGCUGCGGCUGGACCUGUCAGGGAACAACCUGACCACUCUGCCCCGGGGGCUGCUGAGGGACACGGACGGCCUGGAGCUGUUGCUGCUGCGGGGGAACCCCUGGUACUGUGGCUGCAACCUGCGCUGGCUCCACACUUGGCUGUUUGGCCGCGGGGAGGCGGUGACAGUACGGGGCCUGACCUGCCACGGACCGGAGGCGGUGCGAGGCCAGGCCCUCAGGGACCUCUCUGGGCUCAUGGACCAGUGUGAAGGCCCCCCAGGAGGGGUGAACAGUGUGGGGGGUAGAGGAGGUGGUGGUCUGGGACUUGACACUGUCACUAGUACUACCACCUUUCCCCCCACCCAGGGCUCUCUGUUCACCCUCAGAGCCAUACGGCCGGGCCUGGUGAUGCCGUUACCACCGGGAGGAGAGGCGGGGGGUCAUGCCUCACACAACGCUUUAGAACUCACCGUGAAGCCUCUGUCGGCAGACAGUGUGCAGGUGACAUGGCUGUGCCCGCGGCCGGCGCCCUCCUUCCGGCUGUCGUGGCUGAGGCUGGGCAGCAGCGCCGCUCUGGGUUCCAUCACAGAGACGCUGGUCCCCGGGGAGAGACAGCAGUACCUACUGACCCAGCUCACGCCACGAUCACACUACCUCAUCUGCCUGCUCCCCCUGCGCUCCACCUCCUCCCACUCUAGAGGGUCACAGAGAGGCCAGCAGCAGGAGAAGGACACAACAGAUCAGACCCCCGUCUGCUCUCAGAUAGAGACGGGGGAGGCUCUGCGCCCCGAGGGGGGAGACGGGGGUGAGGACUCGGACACAGAGAUGGCAGCCCUCCCCGUGGCCGAGAUCAUCGGCGGAGCCACGGCCCUGGUCUCCCUCAUACUCAUCUUUGGCAUCUUCUGCUGGUACGGCCAGCGCACCGGGUAUGUCUCCGGGGAAACAGAAUCCUAUGGGGUCAGAGGUCAGCGCGGGGUCGGGAAGCCGUACGAUGACUACGUGGAGUCGGGUACUAAGAAGGACAGCUCCAUCCUGGAGAUCAGGAGCCCCGGCUUCGCCAUGACGCCCAUGACGACCCAUCAGCCACUGCAACCCAAAGGAGGGGAGGAUGUGACCUACGUGCACACCAUCUUCCCCUCAACGCACGGUAACGGCACCUACAGGAGCAACCAGAGUCACAACGGCAUCACCCAACUGGGUCACACGGCAGGCUACGGGACCAACCAGGGUUACCGGGAGCAAGGGAUGAUCCCGGAUAUAGACUACACCUACACGUGAUGACAUCAUCUCAGACACACUUCUCCCACCCCCACCGGUUGGAUGCCGUUCUAAGGAUACGGUUCUAGCAGGCGGUUGGUUGGUUGGUUUCCUUGGUUCCAAAGUACCCUCUGUGCCUCCUCAGUUCUGCUCUGAAUCUUAAUGGUCUGUUACUUAGCUGACUGGCUUGGGUUGCUGUGUCCCCACAGAGCCACCCCACAUACAUGUUAGCUGGGUGACAGAAGUGUUUCAGUGCUUCUCAUGUUUAUACAUUGUUUUGAGGUCUCAGUAACUUUACAGCUACUGUACUCGUCCUUCUAUUCCAUAAAAGACAGUUAGUAGUUUGAGGUGGAUGUUUAGGCGUAGGCAGACGCUAAAAGGCAAAUAUAUUCCAGAGAGAAACACUUGUGUAGACUGCUACACUGUAUAUACAAAAGUAUGUGGACACCCUUUCAAAUGAGUGGAUUCGGCUAUUUCAGCCACACCCGUUGCUGACAGGUGAAUAGAAUCAAGCACACAGCCAUGAAAUAUCCAUAGACAAACAUUGGCAGUAGAAUGGCCUUCUUGAAGAGCUCAGUAACUUUCAACGUGGCACCGUCAUAGGAUGCCACCUUUCCAA